AUGGUGCGCCUGCUCAAUUGCCUAGUCUUGGGGUAUUUGACAUGGACUCUGCGGAUAUCUGAUGCCCGGGGAGAGUACUGUCACGGCUGGCUAGACAGCAGCGGGAAUGACCAGGAGGGCUUUCAGUGUCCAGAGGACUUCGAUACGGCGGACGCGACGGUGUGCUGCGGGAGCUGCUCGCUGCGCUACUGCUGUGCGGCCCCGGAUGCGCGCCUCGAUCAGGGAACCUGCACCAACGACAGACAAGUGGAGAACAACACGCAACAUGCUGCCCCACCAUCACGCCAGUCCAGCACGGCCACCACCAGCUCCAGCUCAGUGGGUGGAGGCAGCUCAGUCCGGCGAUUCUCCCUGGGCCGGGGUGACGGGCUGGGACAGUGUUCGCAACAGCAGCUCCUGGUGGUCUCAUCUUCCACGGCCUCCACUCCUGUGUCCGUGGCCCCGACGCAGCCUCUAUUGGCUCCGCUUCCUCCACCGCCCUACACCUCCCAGCAGGGCCUGCAGGGUAGUAACUCUCUCCAGCACACGCACGCUCACAGCCAGUUACAGCUGCACCACCAGACCCUGCAAAGCUCCGGCUUCCUUCUGCCACAACAGUACUUCUUUCCCCUGCCGCAGGAACCGUUCUCCACAAACAAGGGCUUUGCUGACUUCAGCCAGAGCUGACCUGGGGUUCCCUGCUGCUGCUCAAAAGGAAACGGACACCAAAGAAUCUGUCAUUCACAAUGCCGUUGUUGUAGACUCAUAUUACAGGGGUUCCUGUUCAAGGAAAUAGGCACUAAUGUGUCUUUCAGCAAGCUCGAUUGGCACUUUGAGAGCGCAGCUGGAAUUUAAGAGCCAUGUGGGCCACUAAAGCUGAUGAGAUAGUGAACUAGCAAUCAAACAGACACUCAAGUGCUGGAUACAACAUGCCAGAACAUGGAUGCCUGUUUCUAAAUGU